AUGGCUCUAAAUAUACCAGGCUUAAUAUCUUUGAGUGUGUUUUUUACAUUAACUUUAGCUAUUGGAAUUUGGGCUUCUUGGAAAAGCAGAAAGGACCAGCACAACAGGAACCCAACUGAAAUGGCCAUAGUUGGAGGCAGGAAUAUAAAUGUUUUCAUUGGAUUGUUUACUGCAACAGCCACCUGGGUUGGAGGAGCAUAUAUCAAUGGCACAGCUGAAAUUGUCUACCUGCCUUCAAAAGGACUGUUGUGGGUCCAGGCACCUGUGGGAUUUGCCUUGUCUCUUGUUAUUGGUGGUUUCGUCUUUGUAAAUCCAAUGAGAUCCAAAAAUUACGUGACAGUGAUGGACCCCCUCCAAGAAACUUAUGGGAACGUGAUGGGAAGCUUACUUUUCAUUCCACCACUGCUAGGAGAGGUGUUCUGGUUUGCAGCUAUCCUGGCGUCCCUGGGAGCAACAAUGAGAGUCAUCUUGGACAUUGGAGGCUCUUUGGCUAUUGUCAUCUCAGCAUGCACUGUCGUACUCUACACUCUACUGGGAGGCCUCUACUCUGUUGCAUACACAGAUGUGAUCCAGCUGGUUUUCAUUACCCUCAGCCUGUGGAUCUGUAUCCCUUUUGCCCUGAUGAACUCUGCAACGGAAAGUAUUUAUUACACUGCAACUUAUCAAUCUUACCAAGACCCUUGGAUUGGGAAGAUAGGAAAACAAUAUCUUGGAAGGUGGCUGGAUGACUUCUUCUUCCUGGUGCUUGGGAGCAUACCGUGGCAAACUUACUUCCAAAGAGUGCUCUCCGCUGCCUCCCCGGGACAGGCAAGGCUAAUCUCCUACCUCUCUGGACUGGGGUGCUUUUUAAUGGCCAUCCCCUCUGUGCUCAUUGGUGCAGUUGCAGCAUCAACAGACUGGAACCAGACAACCUAUGGUCUUCCAAGUCCACUUGAGAGAGGGGAAUCAGCAAUGAUACUACCACUUGUUUUACACUAUCUCUGCCCAGCAUACAUCUCCGUUGCCGGUUUGGGAGCUAUCGCUGCUGCCGCAAUGUCUUCUGCGGACUCAGCUCUUCUCUCUGCUGGCUCCAUGUUUGCUCACAAUAUCUACAGGAAAAUACUGAGGAAAAAGGCUACAGAGGCAGAGGUCUUAUGGGCCAUGAGGACCUCCAUGUUGGUGUUUGGGGCCGUAGCUGCUGGUCUGGCUUUUUACUCCAGCUCUGUCUAUGACCUCUGGUUCCUCAGCGGGGACCUGGUGUACGCUUUGCUCUUCCCCCAGCUCUGCUGCGCCCUCUUCGCUCCCAGCACCAACACCUACGGCUCAGCUGCUGGCUUCUUGGUUGGGCUGGUCUUGAGGCUGCUGGCAGGAGAGCCUGCCCUGGGCAUCCCCCCUGCCAUCUGCUACCCACCCUGCUCCCUGGUGAACGGCACCUACAGUCAGCUCUUCCCCUUUAAAACAUUCACCAUGCUUCUCACCCUGGGGACGAUCCUUGCUGUUUCGUACCUGGCUGCGGUUUUGUUUCAGAGAAACAUCCUUCCCCGCAGGUGGGAUGUUUGCAAUAUCAUGGGGGGAAACAGUACCCACAUCCACAUCCCCCUGCAGCAGGUGGGGAAGCAGAUGGGUUCGCCAACAGUUGCACUAGAAUAA